AUGCUAGAAGGCGUACUGCAUGUCCAUCAGGCGGCGUUAACGGCUGUGCUGGAGGGAGAUAUGGAGAUUAAGGAGUUUCUCAAGGAGUUGGCUGAGUCGAUGAAAACUAUGAAGUACUCCUCGAAGGUCAAAGUGGCUCGUGAGGGCUUCUUGCCAUUCUAUCGGCGAGCUGUGGCGGUUAUCACUAAGAAUGGGUAUUACGGUGAAGGUCUUGUCGAAGUGCUGUUACGGGUGGGCCGUUUGCUCCGAUUGAGGACGUUCACGCGGAUAAUACGUUCAUAUCGGGAAAAGUUCGCCUCCAUACCCCCCUCAGAGUUGGCUCUGUUCCCUCAGCUCUUGGAGAGAGUCGACGCACAGGAGCUCGUUCGGGAGAUGGUCGGGCAGCUCGUGGUGAAGUCAGACGAGACAGAGCGGUUUAUGAGCCCUGUAAUGGUGUUGGAAGGCCUUGUCAAAUCUGGCGUAUUAAUGACAACUGAUCAAGAAGACUCUAGGAGACUAUUCACGCGAGCACUGAGUGAAAUCGUGGAUGCUCUAGCGGCUGAAGGGCGGUUAGAUGAGGAGGAAAUGCUGGCUGUGUUGGAGAGUAUCGCUCUCGGGUACAGUAUAGAACAGGAGUUGACCACAGAGGUGUGCAAAAAGAUGUGUCCGACUCUUGCUGCAUCACCUAAGGGAGGUCGCGUAAGGGCGAUCAAGGUCUUGGCUGAGGUGGCUCCGGUGGAGCUCGCCGCAGUGAUGGUCACUGAGCUGGACGAGACCAAGAUCCUCGGUGGGUUGAGGGAGUCGCAGUUGCCGUCGGUGGUGUCCGUAUGGAUGCAGCUAUUGGCUCUACCGGGGGGUCACGACUCCCGACUGCUCCGUCUAGCAGAUUUGAUAGCAAGCAGCGAAAGUGCGACAGUGGGGGGAUAUGUGUCGGGCGUGGGCUGCCUUGGGAGCUUGUGA